UCCUCCGCCCUCCCCCAUGCCCGCACACAAGCAUACACAUAUGAGCACGCACGUUGGCACGGCUGGGCUGACCCUACGCAAGUCAGUCGAUAUGACAAAUCAGCUCGGCCUCUACAUAUUUUCGUUCGAGCGAUAACAUUGCGAACAACUCUCGCCUCAUCGGCCACAAGCAGUGUUUACGCUCUUGUUUUUAGUCGUCAUAACAACGCUACAGAGACAACAAGUCAGUCUGUUGAAACAGGCACUUUUAUGCCAACUCGAGCGGCGUCCAGUCCGUUUGGCCUCGUCGUCUUGAGUGCUGACAUUGUACUUCCAUACGCUAAACUCGGAAAGUAA